GCUCGGAUUGGAACGGGCUCAAGGACUUGGCGUGCGGAUUUGUAGUUUGUGCUUUUUGGGAUUUGCGCGCAGCCGGACGACCGGUCAGCAUGAGGUGCCACUACGAGGUGCUCAACAUCGAGCGCGAUGCGGAUGAUGGGACCAUCAAGAAGGCUUAUCGCCGCAUGGCGCUGAAGCUCCACCCUGACAAAAACAAGGACAACGAGGCUGAGGCAACGGCUCAGUUUCAGCUGGUUCAAGCCGCCUAUGCCGUCUUGAGCGAUGCCCAGGAGCGUGCAUGGUAUGACUCGCAUCGUGAAGCUAUCUUGCGCGGCGGCUCGGGCGCCGACGGUGAUUACGAGGAAGGUGUGGACGUCAUGCCGUACUUCUCAAGCAGCGCCUACAGCUCCUACGAUGACGAUGACGAUGAGAGCUUCUGGGCCGUUUACAACGAUAUUUUUAGCCAAGUCCACGAGGAAGACGUCAAGUUUGGAGCGACCUCUACGUUUAUCCCCUUUGGCAACUCUAGCACGCCGUUUAGUGAAGUCUCAGCCUUUUACGCACACUGGGAGGCCUACGUGACAACCAUUCCAUUCCACUCCAAAGACAAGUGGGACAUUCGGGAGGCGCCCAAUCGCCGCGUACGUCGACUCAUGGAAAAGGACAACGAAAAGGAACGCCGCGCCGCUCGCCGCGAGUACAAUGCCAACAUCAAGGCCCUCGUGCGCUACGUGAAGAAACGCGACAAGCGCGUCAUUCGCCAUGCUCAUCAGCAACGCGAGGCCAAGGCUGCCGCCGAAGCCGAGCGCGAAGAGCAGAGAAAGCAGCAGGAAGAGCAACGUCGCAUUGCGCGCGAAGCUGCCGCAGCUGCUGUCACGGAGCAACUCAAUGCCGAGGGACUGCAGGAAAAGAUUGCGGCCAUCGAAUCGAUGGCGGACGACAUCUAUGGCGCCGAUUCGAGCGACGAAGAGGAGCAGGGCAUGUAUUGUGUCGCCUGCAACAAAUCGUUUCGCACCCAACCAGCCUGGGAAAAUCACCAACGCUCAAAGAAGCACCUCAAGCAGGUCGAGUACCUCAAAGCUCAGCUGCAAGAAGAAGACGAACAAUUUGAGGAUGUGGACGAAGCCGCUGCCAAUGGCAGCUUGGAAUUUGAUGAUAUGACAGAAGAAGAGCUGCUGGCAACCAUGGGCGAUUUGGAUGACCUUGAGUUGAUGGAUUUGCAGGACCUCGACGCCGGUGACGACGACGCUGAUGAUGGAGCCGACAUGGAUACGGAAGCGGGUCCUCGACACGAAGCAGACGAGGCAGAAGACGUUGAUGACGACGAAGAUGAUGAUGACAAUGAUGAAGUGACAGAGGAUGACCUCUUGUAUCUGGCCAAUCUUCGCCGCACUCAGCAACCAGUACCCCCUGCAGCGGACAUUCCCGAGGCCGCUGGACCAGAAACAACUGCACCUGUGGAUGCAGCAGACCCUAACAAUUCUGCCGAUGACAACGAGGAAGACAAGGCUGAGGCUAGCCUCAAAGAAGCCGAAGAAACGGACCAGACGACAGACUCGAGUCAACCAAAGCAGAAACGCAAGGGUCGUCGACGAGCUAAAAAGCAGCCCGCAAGUUCAGAGACGGCACCUGAAGAACGACACCUCUGCAACGUAUGCGAGGAAGAAUUUGAAACGCGCAACAAGCUGUUUUCGCACAUCAAGGCGACGGGCCACGCCCUCCAUGUCGCAAACACGGCUUCGGCUGCCCCCGGUGCAAGCUCGGCUGGCGCCAAUGAGAGUGGCUCUGCGCCACCUGCCGCAUCAAGGCCACUCAAAGUUAUUGACGACGAAGAUCCCUGGGCUGACGAUGGCCCACGUCGCGGCCGCAAGGGCAAGAAGAAGAAAAAAUAG